GUUAGAUAUUUAUUUCUCUUUUAUUUCAGUCAGGGCGCAACAAAAUAUGCUUGUUUGGUAACCAGGAAAACGCUGAGAGAAAAGAAAAACUUUUGAUUCAACUUUGAAAUACGCUGAGAAAAAACGAGAUUGCGAUAUUCUCGCACUGUCCCCUGUAGAAACCUCAAUCGAAUUCGAACCUCGUCUUCUCCCAUUCGUUCAGCUGAUCGUGAUCGUGAUAAAGAAGAGUGAUAAGAGGACCUUGGAUUGGGAAAUCAUAGUUUUGUUUUGUUUAGAAUUUGGUAGUUAUCACAGAAAAAGUUACAAUGUCUGCGACAAUGGGAACUUCAUGGGCGGAUUCUGCUGACAAUUCAGCCAUUGGUUCUUCCAAUGCCAAUGCCUCAUCGGGCCGCCCAGCGUAUGUUCCUCCGCAUCUUCGCAACCGGCCGUUGUCUUCGGAGCCCCCUGCUGCGACAUCACAAUCCUACGACCGGGGGAAUUAUGGUGCUCCGGCUGCAGGUCCUCAUGGAGGCGGCUUCUCGAGGCCUGAUUUUGGUCGGCAAGGAUAUGGUUCAGCUGCCCAGACCGGUGGUGGUUGGAAUAGUAGAGGGGUGGGGAGGGACCGUGGGAGGCGUGAGGUGAAUCCUUUUGAGAAUGAUGAUAAUGAUGUGGAUCAAUCUGUCGGUGAGCAAGAGAACACGGGCAUUAAUUUUGAGGCGUAUGAUGAUAUUCCUGUGGACACUAGUGGGGAGAAUGUGCCCCCACCUGUGAACACAUUCGCGGAAAUAGAUUUGGGGGAUGCAUUGAAUCAGAACAUACAGAGAUGCAAGUAUGUCAAACCAACCCCGGUUCAAAGGUACGCCAUACCAAUUUCUCUUGCGGGGAGAGAUUUGAUGGCUUGUGCUCAGACAGGGUCGGGAAAGACAGCUGCCUUUUGCUUUCCUAUUAUAAGUGGAAUCAUGAGGGAGCAGUAUAUUCAAAGACCACGUGUUGCACGAACUGCCUUCCCUAUGGCACUUAUCCUCUCUCCUACCCGGGAGCUUUCAUGUCAGAUCCAUGAUGAGGCCAAAAAGUUUUCUUAUCAAACUGGUGUCAAGGUUGUAGUUGCUUAUGGAGGAGCACCAAUCACCCAACAGUUGCGAGAGCUUGAGAGAGGAGUUGAUAUUCUGGUGGCGACUCCUGGACGACUGGUAGAUUUGCUUGAGAGGGCUAGGGUUUCAUUGCAGAUGAUAAGAUAUUUGGCUCUUGAUGAGGCAGAUCGGAUGCUGGAUAUGGGUUUUGAGCCUCAAAUUAGAAAGAUAGUUGAACAAAUGGACAUGCCUCCUCCGGGCAUGAGACAGACAAUGCUGUUUAGUGCCACAUUUCCAAAAGAGAUACAGAGACUUGCAUCAGAUUUUCUUGCAAAUUAUGUGUUUUUGGCUGUUGGAAGGGUCGGUUCAAGUACUGAUCUAAUUGCUCAAAGAGUAGAAUAUGUGCUCGAUUCAGACAAGAGAAGCCACCUUAUGGACCUGCUUCAUGCUCAGAGGGAAAAUGAAACUUUUGGCAAGCAAGGUCUGACAUUGGUUUUUGUGGAAACAAAGAAAGGAGCUGACGCAUUGGAGCACUGCUUGUGUGUUAAUGGGUUUCCUGCAACUUGCAUUCAUGGUGACAGAACACAACAAGAAAGAGAAAUGGCACUGAGGUCAUUCAAGAGUGGACACACACCAAUUCUAGUGGCAACAGAUGUUGCAGCACGUGGUCUUGAUAUUCCUCGAGUAUCACAUGUGGUAAAUUUUGAUCUUCCCAAUGACAUUGAUGAUUAUGUGCACCGGAUAGGAAGAACCGGGCGUGCUGGUAAAAUGGGAUUAGCAACAGCCUUCUUCAAUGAAGGUAAUUUAUCCAUGGCUAAACCAUUGGCUGAUCUGAUGCAAGAGGCGAAUCAAGAAGUACCUGCCUGGCUCACCCGUUACGCAGCAAAGGCUUCUUACGGUGGCGGUGGCAACAGAAGCAAGCGGUCAGGGGGAGCCCGUUUCGGUGGCCGUGAUUUCAGGAAGGAGGGUUCAUACAAUAAUAAAGGAUCAGAUUACUAUGGUGGAACUGGUGGAUAUGGUGGUGUUCCUGGCAGCUAUGGUGGAGGAGGAGGAGGGUAUGGUGGUCAAGGUGUGACUAGUGCUUGGGAUUAGAUUAGAGUCACUUCACUCAUUCGUUCUCUUGUUGAGUGUAUAUAAAUUUCAGACUUCAGUGAUGUAAAGUUGUAUCUUCUCAACCAUGUUUUGCCUAAGCUCUUGCAUUCCUUACUACUGGAAAUCUUUGGUUUUGCUGGUUUGGCAGACAAGGUUGGGAAAUGCUGCAUAUGGAGAAGAUAAAAUCUGUAUGCAGCCCGAAAAAUUCUGACUAGAUUUACUUGUCUUUAGAAUCCGUAGAAGAGGGAGAGCCUGUAAACAAUUGAUGAAAACUGAAUGGCAGAUAUUAUCCCUAAUUAGCAAGCACAUAUUGGUUUAAUUGUUA